AUGACUUUCCCCAACGACCAAAAGAUCGACUUUAAGGUCUUCCAAAACACCAUCAACAAUAAAACAAGCCCAACAGCCCAAACUCGUCAUGGCAUUUGCCCGAGUACAGAAGAGCCACUCUGGGAGAGCCCAGUCUCUACCCAGGAAGAUGUCGAUCGUGCUGUAGACGCUGCCCAAACGGCUUACCCUCUUUGGCGUAAACUAUCACAAGAUGAGCGUGCUGGGUAUUUGGUCAAAUUUGCCGACGCUAUCGAGGCGCACAAGCAUGAGUUUAUUGACCUUCUCGGCCGUGAAGCCGGUAAGCCACCUCAGGCUGGAGCUUUUGAACUGAUGCUUGUUAUGGAGCAUGUUAGGAAGACGCCUGAGUUGAGACUCAAAGAGGAGAAGCCCGAGGACAAUGAUGACCGAACUGCCAUAGUGAGAUAUGUACCGUUGGGUGUGGGCGUCGGUAUCGUUCCAUGGAACUUUCCUAUGAUUCUUGGUAUUGGCAAAGCAUAUCCAGCCAUGCUCGCCGGAAAUACCUUUAUCUGGAAGCCAUCACCGUAUGCUCCAUAUUCUGCUCUCAAGCUUGCAGAGAUCGGAGCCAAGGUUCUUCCUCCAGGUGUCUUUCAAGCUCUCAGUGGGGGAGACGAUCUCGGACCAAUGCUGACUGCGCAUCCUGGCGUGGCCAAAGUAAGCUUCACGGGGUCAACUGAGACGGGAAAGAAGAUCAUGGCAUCCUGUGCAUCCACGCUCAAGCGUGUCACGUUGGAGUUGGGAGGCAAUGAUGCCGCUAUUGUGUGUGAAGAUGUUGACAUUCCCACUGUUGCUGGGAAGGUGGCUUUCUUAGCCUACGUCCACAGUGGACAGAUCUGCAUGAACAUCAAACGAAUCUAUGUCCACGAAAGCAUCUACGGCGAUUUCCGUUCCGCUGUAGUUGGCUUUCUCGACAACAUGAAGAGUGGUGGCUUUUCUGACCCAGAGGCCUUUUUCGGACCGAUACAAAACAAAAUGCAAUUCGACAAGCUACAGCGUCUUUACGGAGAAAUCGAUAAACAAGGAUGGAAGUCUUUGACCAGCACCAACGGGGCUGCAAAGCCAGAAAAGGGUUAUUACAUCCAGCCUACCCUUAUUGAUAACCCACCUGAAGACUCGGAGAUAGUCCAAACUGAACCCUUUGGUCCAAUCGUGCCCAUGAUGAAAUGGUCUGAUGAAGAUGAUGUCGUUGCCAGGGCUAAUGCAUCCAACUUGGGCCUAGGUGCAUCAGUCUGGAGCAAAGACGUUCCUCGCGCAAGGCGAAUGGCUGAACAAUUGGAAGCGGGUAGCAUUUGGAUUAACACACACUUUGAAGUUGCGCCUAAUGUGCCUUUUGGUGGGCAUAAGAGUAGCGGAAUCGGAAUGGAUUGGGGAGAGGUGGGACUCAAGGGGUGGUGUAACCCUCAGGCGUACUGGGUAAAACACUCUGGAGCCUAA